CUUAGAUUAAUGAAAUAAUGAGUGCCUAAAAAGAUGCUUAGAGCAAAUAGUCGCUCUUAAACGAUCUUUGUUUCGCCAAAUUGAGUUUUGAAAUGUUUUACGUGACCCCUUUUUGUGUGAAUUUUGACCCUUAAACCAGUUGCUUUUUUUAGGCUCUUGGACUAUUACAAAAAGCACUUCUAAGGCCGUUUUGUCCUCGCGUCGAGACAACGCGCCACACGAUGGUCCAGUAUUGAUCGCCACUAAAAGAACCGGGAGUCCCAUUUCUUGCCCCUUUUUCGGGAGUGCACGUGGUAUUUUACUACCCGGAAAAAUAAUUAUUUUAAACAAUAACUAAAAUGGAGAACAACGAAGAAAAAAAACUCGAUGAAGAAAUAACUUUGAAGCCGAAAAUGACCCUGGUGAAUGGAAUCACAGUGAUUGUGGGUAGUAUCAUUGGAUCUGGUAUUUUUGUAUCACCUUCUGGAGUGCUGAAAUACACUGGUAGUGUAAAUGCUUCGCUUCUGGUAUGGACCAUAUCUGGGGUUUUUUCUAUGGUAGGCGCGUAUUGCUACGCAGAACUGGGUACAAUGAUUAGAAAAAGCGGCGCAGACUAUGCGUAUAUUAUGGAAACAUUUGGACCCUUUUUAGCUUUCGUCCGGCUUUGGAUUGAGUGUAUGAUCGUUAGGCCAUGUUCCCAGGCAAUUGUGGCUCUCACAUUUAGCCAAUACGUUAUGAAACCUCUGUUUGUAGAAUGCGAACCACCUGAUAAUGCUGCCAGAAUGUUGGCUGUUUGUUGCAUAUUUAUUUUAACGUUUGUCAACUGUUAUGAUGUAAAAUGGGCCACAAGGGUUCAAGAUAUUUUUACCUAUGCAAAAUUGUUAGCCCUUUUCAUUAUUAUUGCUGCUGGAAUUUAUCAGCUUUCCCAAGGACAUCACACACAUUUUACCUUUAACAAUACCAAAAGCGAAGUGACCUCAUUGGCCUUGUCUUUUUAUUCUGGUCUCUUCGCCUACAAUGGAUGGAAUUACCUUAACUUUAUUAUAGAAGAAUUAAAGGAUCCAGUAAGAAACUUACCACUGGCAAUAGCAAUCUCCUGCACACUGGUAACAGUAGUCUAUGUACUGACCAACAUAGCAUUCUAUACAACCCUUUCACCGUCUGAAAUGUUAAACUCUAAAGCAGUGGCUGUAUCGUUUGCUAACCACUUAUUUGGUCCCUUUGCUCUCUGCAUCCCGUUUUUUGUCGCCAUGUCAACUUUUGGAGCUGUUAAUGGCGUUUUGCUUACUUCUUCUAGAUUAUUUUAUGCUGGGGCAUGUUCUGGCCAAAUGCCCGAGAUCUUAACGAUGAUUCAAGCUCAAAGACUUACACCAGCUCCCUCUGUCUUAGCUAUGGCUUUUCUAUCCCUAUUAUAUCUUACUGUAUCCGAUAUCGAUGCACUUAUAAAUUAUGUUGGAUUUGCUACAUGGCUUAGCAUUGGAGUAUCUGUCCUCUGCGUUCCAUGGCUUCGUUGGAAACGUCCCGAUCUAGAUCGCCCAAUCAGAGUAAAUCUUUUUUGGCCAAUCGCGUACAUUUUGUGCACUUUGUUUGUAACUGUGGUACCUAUGGUGGCGACUCCCUACGAAACCGGGAUGGGAAUUCUUAUGAUAUUAUCAUCGGUGCCAGUGUAUUAUUUGUGUAUAGCAUGGACUAGUAAACCAAUGUUUCUUAGGACUGCACAACGUUCUGCUACUGUGUUUUUGCAAAAGUUGUUGGUAGUCGUUGGAAAGUCAAAAAAAGCUGAUGUCUAAAUGUUAAUAUUUAAAAAGGUGUCUGUCUGUAUAUAUGAUUUUUAGAGUAAGUCGUUCAUUGAAGUUAUGAUACUUUAUUAUACAUACAAUGCAAAGAAAAUUUAUUGCCAUUUAUUUAUAAAAUCUCUCCGGCUCAACUAUAUAUUGUAUCAUAGUUUCAAUGACUUAGUUAGUAAAAUAAUAAAGUGUGAAUACAUACAUGUUUAAUACAUUUAAAAUUUAAUCUAUUAUUCGCAAUUUAUGAAAAAUACAUAAUUCAUUAUAACAUUGUUGCCCAAGGUUGUGAUGAAGCUCAAAACCAAUUUAGAAAUUCUUUAAUUUUCUUUUGACUUUUAUGGACUUAAUUGAC